AUGGCUGUCAUGUUCUGGGAGAAUUGGUCCUUUCUACAUUUCCGAUAUGGCCACAUCUUCCAGCCUUCUGAGCCUAGCAGAGCCCUGCUGUUCAUCAUGCUGGGGAAAGUCUUGCUCAAUCUGUUUCUGCUGAGAAUCAGAAGACAGACUCAGCGCGAGAGUUUUAUGGUCCACUUCUGCAUUUCACUGGCCGUCCUGGACUUGGUGCUUCUGGUGACCAUGUUUCUCAUCUUCUACUUCCGCGACUUUAUGCUUUUGGGCAUCCGGUUUACCACGUAUCACAUCUGCCUUUUGGGGCAGAUUAUGGCCAUUACCUACGGGGUCUUACAUUAUCCCAUUGCUUUGAUGGCUGGCCUGGAUUAUUACUUGACAAUAUCCAGAACUUCUGCAUUUACUACAUGUCGGAGAUUGUUGUACACAGCUGCUGUGGUCUUAACGUGGAUUUCAGUUCUCUGUUACGUUCUGACAUUGCCAAGCAGUGCCAUAGGACUGGACAUUUACAAUUCUGGAUACCAAUGCCCUUUCUACAUCAGCAGUCAGAGCUACUGGCUCUCACUUGGUAUGUUAUCCAUCAUCUGCCUGGCUUUUGUACUGUGUUGGUCAGAAGUGAUUGCUAUGGUGCAGCCAGUUAAGCUGAUUUGGUACAGGGACGAGACUGUGUUGUUCUUCCCUCAUAUGCCUGAGUGCAGCCCUAGAGACUGCGCAAAGCAUUUCUUGACCCGACUGCUGGUCUGCUUUGUCGGCAACUGGGCCCCUUUUGUUUUCCUUCAAAUGCUCAUUGUGUUACUUGAUGUUCAGAUCCCUGCCUACAUAGAGAUGAACGUUCCCUGGCUUUACUUCAUCAGCAGCUUUCUCAUUGCCGUCGUGUAUUGGAUCAGGCGUCAGCAAAUGGAGCUGACUGAGGAGGCCUGGGACGUUGAUCCGUUUGUCAGCUGGAAGUUCUGCUUUGUCCCUUUCCACUCUCAAAAUGCAGAUGAAGCUCAAAAAACCACUGGUGAAAUUGUGAUCUGUUAGCAGGCUGCU